AUGGGUGCCAUUGCUUUGAAGCCUGGAACAUUGAGAUUCAUGCGCUGGGUUCCUAAUUUUUCCCCUGCAUGUCAGCGCAAUACAAAUGCCCAAGUUUGGGUGAGGUUAUGGGAUCUUGGACUCGAGUACUGGGAAGCCCAAACACUCUUUGAAAUCACCAAUGGAAUUGGUGUCCCCAUCAGGAUUGAUGCGAACACACUUGAUCGAAAGUUUGGUCUAUAUGAAAGGGUUCUGGUGGAUAUUGACCUUUCCACAGAACCCCCAUUGGAAAUUAUGGUAGAACGUGAGGGUGGUGGAACCCUAGUUUUGGAAGUUGAAUAUGAACAUCUGCCCUUAUCAUGCUCUCACUGUGGUAAUGUGGGUCAUGCUAUUAGUUCUUGUAAUUGGCUUCGUCCUUCUCAAGCAAAGGAAGUGAAGGAGAAUGACAUUAAUUCAAGGAGGGGGCGUAAACGAAGUCGAUCCCGUCGACAUCGUGCAAAGAAGAGUAAUGUUUUUCAAGUCUACGUUGCUAAGAAAGUGGUGGAGGUGGUUCAACAGAUUGGAGACCCCUCCUCUACUGAUCCUAAUGCAUCAUCUGGGAUUUCACGGAUAGUACAUAAUGACAUGGUCGAGACUUCACAGGUUCCAGAGACACAACUUUCUCCUUUGGCUGCACCUUCUCCAAGAGUGCAUUCACCAAUUCUAGGACCUCCGUCUGUGGGAGGUUUGGCAGGUAUUGUAGCUGUACCUACUGUUAAUGCUUUUCAGGCCCUCGCAAAUGAGUCUGAGACUGAUAGCGAGGGAGAGACCACAGAGAUACAAUCUAGUGAUGAUGUGCAACGUGGAGCGGAUGUUAUCAUUGAAGAGGAUACUAUUUCCAAAACUCCUUCCCCUAAGGAGUUACCUAAAGAUAUGGCUCAGUCAGAAUCUGAUGUUCAUAAAGCUAAGUCUGUUGGGGUGAUUUGGAAAAUGAAGAACCUCUUGGUAAUCAUACAUAUGCUCAGGCUGAGUUAA